AUGUCUAUCAAGUUAAAGUCAGCAUCCAGAGUCACGCCACAGAAUAGCAACCCGGAGCGCUUCAGACUGGAAGUGAUGAAAACCAGACGGAGCUCUCAGCUAGCCAAGAUGAUGACAUACUUCAGAAAUCUCGAAAGAAGUUCCUACUCCCACGAAGAUCUUAUGCAUCUUGGUAUAACAGUCGUUUGCCUCCCAGAAGCAGAUAUGCUGUUGACUAAUGAAGGCCCAUUUCGGCCUCAUGAUUCUUUUGGGCCGGUUUUCAUCAAAGAAAUUCAUGCCUUGGACCCUUUUUUCGGUGUGACAGAAGGAUUGCUCUCUCUUGGGGCGCUGACGGGGUGUACCACCAUCAUAGACGCAUGGGAAACCCCGCCGGGAGAAAUACAAUGGCUUGAUCCGGAGACACUUGAGACCCUAAAAGAACAACCGCCUCAUGUUCAAAUCAUGUUAUCACACAGGACUACCGUUCUGGCUGGUGAAAAAUCUCCAAUAUGCGAGACCCAGAGCGAUUAUAUAUUACCAAGGGAUACUUUAACGGCUAUUGUGACUGCAAUUCACAAUCGUGUGUAUCAGGCAGAAUUUGAAAAUGAGACAAUAUUCCCGGUGUUAUUAUUCUCUCAAUAUUACCCUGACCGCAUGCGUAUCAUUGAAGCAGUCUUCGACAUCACUUGUGAGAAGCUUACCCUUAGAACCACUCCUACAUAUACGUUUGGCAAUCCGGAAACAGCGCCAUGGGACAUCUUCAUGCGUAUGCAUGCAAGUACACCUAGAGUAUCCUCAUCCUCUGGCCAGUACUCGAAGUAG